CCCGUGGGGAGGGGAGGAGGGGAGGGGAGGGGGGUCUGUCCGCUGCGCUCCCCGUCCGGCAUGGCGGAGGCUCAGCAGCUGCGGGUGCAGGAGGCCAUCGACGGCAUGGUGCAGGGCCUGGAGCGGGAGCACAUCCGCAAGAUGCAGGGCCUGAUGUUCCGCUGCAGCGCCACGUGCUGCGAGAACCAGCGGGCCUCCAUGCAGCAGGUGCACCAGUGCAUCGAGCGCUGCCACGCGCCGCUGGCCCAGGCCCAGGCCCUGGUCACCCAGGAGCUGGAGCGCUUCCAGAGCCGCCUCUCUCGCUGCACAAUGCACUGCAACGACAAAGCCAAGGACGCCUUGGACUCAGGGAGCAAAGAAUCGCAGGUGAAGCUGCAGCUGGAGAACUGUGUGAUGAAGUGUGUGGAUGACCACGUUCAUCUCAUCCCCAGCAUGACCAAGAAGAUGAAGGAGAGCCUGGCCGGCAUCGCUCAGUAGUCCUCCCCCUGCGCAUAAACCCAGGUCCGGCUAGGAAGGGUGCCAUGAACUCAAUGAAACUGGGAAACAAAAGUGGGAAUAUCAGAAUGGGAAACAGGUGGUUGGGUUUUUCCUGGCUCAUGGAUAUGUUUAUGAGACCAGGGAAUUUCCCUGCCUUGUUUUGACCCACUCUCCUCAUCCUUGUGGUGAAAAUGGGGAAGGAGAGGUGAGAAGGUGCUUCGUUGUCAACCCUAAAGUUUGCUCACCUAUUGUCUUAGCAGAGCAGAUUCACUUAGGCCCCUUAAAAUUAAUACCUCUGGUGCUGUAUAAAGACACAAAAUGGCUAUUCCUACAAUCCUGCUCAAGGAGAUGGUUUGUUCUUGGUCUUGUGAUGUAAUUGAGUGACAGAAGAUACAAUAUUAAACCACCUGAAUUCUCCAAAGCUGCUGGGAGCUUCUAUUUGUGCUUUCAUCCAAAUCAGGCAGGUUUUUCUUUUCUUUGUCCAGGCAGCAGAUAUGGAUGUGUGUGCCUUAAUACGUCCUGAGUAGGGGGAAAUGCACUUGUGUGCAUAUCCAAGUCUGGGCCAGAUCUAAGCAGAGGUUUUGUCACUGGCAGCUGGCAUGUUUUGCCACCCACUCAUGAGGGAUUCAAGCAGGAAAGGAGCCAUCGGAACCUGGGAAGCUGUGUUGCUUAAGUUUGCCGAGUGAGACAGAAAUGAAGAUUAUAAGGGGGUUUAAAAAUGCGACAUCAAAAUGUGAAUUUAGCUGUCAAAAUAUGUGAGAUCUUCUAAGUCACUCCCAAACAAAUGUUUAUUAAAUUCUUAAAAUCUG